ACAGUAACGGCCCCCAGUUGUUCUGUGUGGACGAGCAGAGAGUUGUUUGUACUGUCUGUGACUUUCCUCACCAUCAGAGUCACAAAGUGAUUCCUGUAGAAGAAGCAGUCAGUGUCUUAAAGAAACAUCUCAAAUCUGACUUAAAGUCUCUGCAGGACAAGAGGAACAAAUACAAACAAGUGGUGAAAACAUACAAUGAAGUGCUUCAACACUCCAAGAAGCAGCUGUUGUCCACAGAGAGGCAGAUCAGAGCAGAGUUCAACAAGCUCCAGCAGUUCCUGAAAGAGGAAGAGGAGUCCAGACUGGCAGCUCUGAGGGAGGAAGAGGAGCAGAAGGGGAGGACUAUCAGCAGAGAGAUGAAGAUGAUUGAGGAGCAGAUCUCCUCUCUGUCAGACAGCAUCUCUGCUGUUGAAGAAGAGCUGCAGAAACACAGCGUGCCAUUCCUCCGCAGUUAUAAAAACACUCAGAGCAGAGCCAGAGCCCAGAGCUCACUGUCAGAUCCACAGCUGGUCUCAGGAGCACUGAUAGAUGUGGCCAAACACCUGGGCAACCUGUCCUUCAGAGUGUGGGAGAAGAUGAAGGAGAAGGUCCACUUCAGUCCUGUCAUUCUGGACCCAAACACUGCACACUGCUGUCUCUAUCUGUCUGAUGAUCUGACCAGUGUGAGACAUGGAGGACAGACAUGGCAGCAGCUUCCUGAUAAUCCAGAGAGAAACACAAUGUAUGCUGAUGUUUUUGGCUCUGAGGGCUUCAGCUCAGAGAAACACAGCUGGGAGGUGGAGGUGGGAGACCAUUUCAGCUGGAAUAUAGGUUUAAUUAAAGCAUCAGUUGACAGGAAAGGAGAAUAUCCUGUUUCACCAAAAAAUGGAAUCUGGUGUUUAGUGCAUCGCAGUGGAAAAUAUAAUAAUGGUGAUGGUCAGACUGUGAGAGUGAAGAAGAGUCUGCAGAGGAUCAGAGUCCAGCUGGACUAUGACAGGGGGGAGGUGUCCUUCUAUGACCCUGAAGACAUGACUCACAUCUACACUCACAGAGACACUUUCACUGAGACACUCUUGCCAUACUUUUGUAUUUUUAAUGUUGAUGAUGCGAAGUCUUCAGAUAUCAAAAUCUGUGAAACUAAGACUAAUUGUAAAGAUUAA